AUAUAUUGGAUCUUCCCCUCCUCAAGGAAGAUUUUUUCCCCUAUCAAAUAACAUGGAAAAAAAAAUUCUCGUAAAUUUAUGAAUAUAUUUCAAGGCCAAAUGCCUAGUAAGGGUCAGGUUGGCUGAUCUAUGGUCAUAUCACCACACCAGCACUCCAUCGUCAAUCACAAGCAAACUAGCCCUUAACACACGACAACCUUAAUCCAGCACGAGAAUUCUUGUUGUUAGCACAAGAACCCCUGCUUUACUGCGUUUGUCACCCCAUAAAUACCACGAGGACUAAUCCCUUUUCUCUACCAUAAGUCAAAAACAUCAUUGUCAACUUCCACUUUCUUUGAUCUCCAACACUGAUCUGACAUCAAUUAUCCAUCCCACCACUUCUGGUAGUAUUUCUUUUGUUUCUUGCAAGAAAAGUGCUUAGUUCUUGAAAUAUUAGUAAUGGUGUUUAAGGAUUGUUUAGUUGGGUUCAAAGAGCUUAGGCCUUUAGUACACUUGUUGUUGCCACUAUUUUUUCAUUGGAUUGCUGAGGAAAUGACUUUUUCUGUUCUUGUUGAUGUUCUUACUUCUGCUUUAUGUCCUGGUCAAACUACUUGCUCUGAGGUUAUUUAUAUCAGUGGUCUCCAACAAACGGUGGUGGGAAUUUUCAAAAUGGUGGUAAUACCACUCCUAGGCCAGCUUGCAGAUGAGUAUGGGCGUAAACCGCUUCUCCUCAUUACUGUAUCAACAUCCAUGUUCCCUUUUGCCGUACUUGCCUGUAACCAAUCUAGGGAUGCUGUGUAUGUGUACUAUGUGCUUCGGACAAUUUCAUUUAUUUUAAGUCAAGGGAGUAUUUUCUGCAUUGCUGUUGCUUAUGCGGCAGAUAUUAUCAAAGAAGAAAACAGGGCUACAGCAUUUAGUUGGAUCACUGGUUUCUUUUCUGCUUCUCAUGUCGUAGGCAAUCUUCUGGCACGUUUUCUCCCUGAGAAAUACAUCUUUGUGGUUUCAAUUGCUCUCUUGAUCUUUGGUUCAGUUUAUAUGUAUUUCUUUCUAGUUGAGACAGUUGAACGGGUUGAUAAGAGGGAGCGAGAUUCAACCUUCUUGACUAAGAUAAUAAACGUCACUCGCAAAAGAUAUGAAUCAAUGAGAUAUGCAGCAGUGGUAGUGUUUAGAAGUCCUACACUGAAAAUCAUUUCAUUCGUUUCCUUCUUCUAUGAGUUGGGAAUGUCUGGCAUCAGUUCAGUUUUACUAUUCUAUCUGAAGGCAGUGUUUGGUUUUAACAAGAAUCAAUAUUCGGAAAUUCUGUCAGCGGUAGGAAUUGGUGCAAUCUUUUCUCAGAUUUUGGUGCUUCCUCUUCUCAGUCCAUUGGUUGGAGAGGGAGUGAUAUUAUGUCUAGCCUUACUUGCAUCAAUAGCUUAUGGUUUGCUUUAUGGCUUGGCGUGGGCAUCUUGGGUGCCAUACUUGAGUGCCGCAUUUGGAGCCAUUUAUGUCCUCGUGAAGCCUGCUACUUAUUCUGUUAUUUCUAAAGGAUCAAGCUCAGUGAAUCAGGGAAAAGUGCAGGGAUUUAUUGCCGGUGUCCAAUCAAUAGCAAGUUUAUUAUCCCCACUUGCAAUGAGUCCAUUGACUUCAUGGUUCCUCUCUAGUGAUGCACCUUUCAACUGUAAAGGUUUCAGCAUCAUAGUUGCUUCUGUAAGCAUGAUGAUUGCUUUAUGCUUUGCUUGCCUGCUUAAGCCGGCCGAAAUGUCGGGCCAUGACAUGGAGGAAGAAAUUGAAGCACCACUUUUAGGUGAAAGUUAACUGAGUACCGAACAAGAUACUUCAUUUAUUCUUCACGACCAGAUGAUGUACAUAUCCAGAUAUCCCUUACAUCAUGCUUAAUGCAAUUACUUUUUGCCUAAA